UUAAAGACAUUGCUAUAGCUAGCUAGAUUGAGUAGUAAUAUACUACUGUGCUGUGUGCUAGCAAUGGCUUUAACUCUAGACAGAAAAUCUAUUGUUACCAUUUUCAUCCUUUUGUGGAGUUGCGCAUCUCGUGCUACGUCCCGAACAUUCCAUGAAUCUUCCAUUAUUGCCAAACAACAUGAAGAGUGGAUGGCCUUGCAUGGCCGUGCCUAUGCCGACAAUGAAGAGAAAAUCAGACGCCAACAAAUAUUCAAGGACAACUUGGAGUUCAUAGAGAAACACAACAAUGAAGGAAACAAGAGCUACAGGUUAAGCCUUAACGGUUAUGCUGACUUAACUGAUGAAGAAUUCCUUGCGUCUCACACAGGGAAUCUCGUCAUGCCACCAGCAGGGUCAUCCAAGAUUAACAACAAUUUUAGGUACAAAAAUGUGAAUGUCAGUGACAUUGAGCCAAGCUUGGAUUGGAGAGAGAAAGGGGCAGUCAAUAAAAUAAAGAACCAAGGCCAAUGCGGGAGUUGCUGGGCAUUUUCUAGUGUGGCAGCUAUUGAAGGUAUUACCCAAAUCAAAACGGGCAAGUUGAUGUCAUUGUCAGAGCAACAAUUGGUAGACUGUGCCAUCCCUGAUGGUAAUGGCUGCGGCGGAUAUACUAUGGAUAAAACCUUUGAGUAUAUAGAACAAAGCCAAGGUCUUGCUAGUGAAGAGGAUUACCCAUAUAUGGAACAAGAUGGGACUUGUCGUGAUGAUGGGAUGGUCAAUCCUGCGGCCAAGAUUAGUGGUCACGAAGAUGUUCCUCAUAAUAGCGAGGAAGAGCUUCUCAAGGCAGUGGCUAACCAACCUGUCUCAGUAGCCAUUGAUGCUGAAGGAAAAGCAUUUCGGUUUUACUCUCAAGGAGUUUUCAAUGGUGAGUGUGGAACUAGUCUUAACCAUGCAGUUACUGCAAUUGGCUAUGGUGAGGACGACACAAAUGGGGCUAAGUACUGGUUGAUAAGGAACUCGUGGGGUCAACGUUGGGGCGACGAGGGUUACAUGAAGAUGCAGAGGGAGGCUGGUACCCCUGAAGGUCUCUGCGGCAUUGCCCUCCAAGCUUCUUAUCCAACUCUUUAACUAUUAUAUACAUAUACCAUAUAUAUAUAUAUGUCACCAUAUUUAUAUAUAUUUCCUUUAUAAUAAUUAUCUAUUAAGUACUUAUUUUUCAUUUCCCUAAGUUAAUUUUACUUCAUUUUCUAUGCAUUAUCUAUCUUAUAUAUGCUCAUAUUGCUCCCUAUGCUUAUGUAGUGUUAUAAGUUAGUUUAUCGAUCGUUGAAUGGAUCGAUCCAGUUGUAUUAAUUUGGAAAAGUAUGAAUAAAAUGUUUAUUGCCCUU